UGAGUUGACAAAAAAGAAUCAGAUUGAAUGGAAUUCCAGGCCACGGCGGCGAGAUUGAGGCCCCGAGGCACAAAGCGGCCGAACGGCGGUGGUUUGGUGGAGAAGCAGGCCGAGGGUAUUUUGGGAAUUCAGAACGACGACGGAACAAUUGGAGAAGAUGUGGAGCCAGCAGCGCCGAAGCUUGUUCCCUGGGGGAGGAAGCGGCGGAGGACAGGAUGCGAGGGUAUUUUGGGAAAUCAAAAUGAAGGAGAGGCAAGGGCGGCAAAUUGGUGCACAAGGGCUCCCUUGGACGUGGGGAAAUGUUGCCAUCAAUGUAAGCGAAAUUGUAAGCGAAGAGGGGUGCAGUGCACAAGGUGUCCCGAAAGAGGUAAGCGAAAUAGGUAUUGUCUCCCUUGCAUACGGAGAUGGUAUCCCAACACCUCACAGGAAGCCAUAGCUGAGGCUUGUCCUGUGUGCCGCGGCAACUGCAACUGCACAGCCUGCCUUCGGUUGGAUGCGCGUUUCAGGCGUUUCGAGAAUCGAGACCCGAAAAUCGAUGAGGAGACCAAGCUGGAGCACUCUAAGUAUUUGGUUCAUCAGCUGCUCCCGUAUUUGAAGAUGAUUAGGGAUGAGCAGGUGAGUGAGAUGGUGGUGGAAGCCAAGAGGCAGGGGUUGCGUGACCUUUCGGAGCUCAAGGUGGACAAGGCUAAUUGCGGUGACGGAGUGCGUAUGUACUGCAACAGCUGCAGCACUUCGAUUUUUGAUUUUCAUAGGACUUGUCCCGGAUGUGAGUAUGAUCUGUGCCUCGGUUGCUGCCGGGAGAUUCGAGAUGGUAAGUGGAACAAGAGAGCUCAAGCGUCCACAUUUGAGUGGAAAUGGAGAGCAAGUGAAGAUGGAAGCAUUCUCUGCCCCCCAACACACAUGAAAGGUUGUGGUAAGCAUAAUUUAGAAUUGAGAUGCCUUUUUUCUCAGAAUCAUGUUAUGGAAUUGGUAGAGAAAGCAGGAGAAAUAGAUGCAAGUUACAAUUUUUUGCCUGAUCGUAGUGAAACAUGUGCAUAUAAGUGUUCAUGUGUUAAACCUGUGGAUGAUGCCGUUUGCUCAAGUAGUGGCAGCAGCAGCAGCAGCUCUAAGUUAAGGAAAGCAGCUUCUAGAGUUGCUUCUGAUAGUGACUACUUGUUCUGUCCAAGGGUCGGAGAAAUCCAAGAUGAGGAUUUUGGGCAUUUUCAGUGGCAUUGGAAGAGGGGGGAGCCUGUGAUCGUUAGCAAUGCACUUGAAAAUGGAUCAGGUUUAAGCUGGGAACCAUCUGUCAUGUGGCGGGCAUUUAGACAGAUAAAGAAAACCAAUCAUGAUAGUGAUUUGACAGUCCCCGCCAUUGAUUGCUGGAAUUGGUGUUUUAUAGAAAUCAACCUCCUCCAUUUCUUUAAUGGCUAUUCCAACGGACGGUCUUAUGAGACAGGAUGGCCUCAGAAUCUCAAGCUCAAUGACUUCCCAUCAUCUACCGAGUUUCACAAUCGUCUUCCCCGGCAUGGUGAGGAAUUUUUAUGUUGUCUGCCUUUCAAGGAGUAUACUCACCCCAACAAGGGAACUCUGAACCUUGCUAUCUACUUGCCACCUACCUCAGUAAGGCCGGACAUGGGUCCAAAAACAUAUAUUGCCUAUGGUUUUACACAGGAGCUUGAACGGGGAGAUUCUGUAACCAAGCUUCACUGCAAUAUGUCUGAUGCGGUCAAUAUUCUGACACAUUCAGCUGAAGUGGCCCUUACAACUAAACAACUGGCAACUAUAGAGAAGUUGAAGAAAAAGCACAGGGAGCAAGACGAAAGAGAGAUAUUUGGGAAUUGUCACACAAAUGCUGGAAAUGGAAGUGGGCCUCAGCAAGAAUCAGCUGAAGUAUGUGAGGAUGGAGGUGCCUUAUGGGACAUUUUCCGGAUUCAGGAUGUUCCGCAGCUGGAGAAAUACAUCCACAAGCACGUCAAUGAAUUUAUGCAUGUGCUCUGUAAUCCUUUGCAGCAUGUUACUCAUGCUAUACUUGAUCAGACUGUUUAUCUCACUGUAGAGCACAAGAGGAAGCUCAAGGAGGAAUUCGGUAUCGAGCCGUGGACAUUUGUUCAAAGACUUGGAGAUGCUGUUUUCAUUCCUGCAGGUUGUCCUCAUCAGGUGAGGAACUUGAAGUCUUGUUUCAAAGUUGCACUGGAGUUUGUUUCCCCUGAGAAUGUGGGUGAGUGCUUUCGUUUGACGGAAGAGUUUCGCACACUUCCGACAAACCACAGAGCCAGUGAGGACAAGCUGGAGGUGAAGAAAAUGAUUGUGCAUGCUGUUUGUGAAGCUAUUAAGGAGAUUUCUGGUGAGAAUGUGAUGGUAAAGAGGGCAAGGGAUGUGAAGGCAAAGAGGGCAAGGGCUCCCUUGGACGUGUCGACAAUUUGCCAUCAAUGUCAGAGAAAUGUUAAGGGAAGAGUGGUGUGGUGCACAAGGUGUGUGAGGAAGAGGUAUUGUAUUCCUUGCAUACAGAGAUGGUAUCCCAACACAUCAGAGGAAGCCAUUGCUAAGGCUUGUCCUGUGUGCCGUGGCAACUGCAACUGCACAGCCUGCCUUCGAUUGGAUGUGCCUGUCAGGCGUUUGCAGAAUCUAGACCCGAAAAUCGACAAGGGUACCAAGCUGGAGCACUGUAAGUACUUGGUUCAUCAGCUGCUUCCCUAUUUGAAGAGGAUUAGGGAUGAGCAGGUGAUUGAGAUGCUGAUCGAGGCUAAGAGGCAGGGAUUACGUGAUGUUUCGGAGCUCAAGGUGGAGAAGGCUAAUUGCGGUGAAGAUGAGCGUAUGUACUGCAACAACUGCAGCACUUCUAUUUUUGAUUUUCAUAGGAGUUGUCCUGAGUGUGAGUAUGAUCUGUGCCUCAGUUGCUGCCGGGAGAUUCGAGAUGGCAGGUGGAAGAAGAGAGGGAUGGAGGAGAAUGCUCAAGUGUCCACAUUUGAGUGGAGAGCAAGUGAAGAUGGAAGCAUUCUCUGGACACAUAUGAAAUGCUGUGGUAAGCAUAAAUUAGAAUUGAAAUGCAAAUUUUCUCAGAAUCAUGUCAUAGAAUUGGUAGAGAAAGCAGGAAAAAUAGAUGAAAGUUACAGUCAUUUGCGUGCUAGUAGUGAAACACCUGCACACAAGUGUUCAUGUGUUAAACCUGUGGAUGAUGCCGUUAGCUCAAGUAGCAGCUGCUCUAUGUUAAGGAAAGCAGCUUCUAGAGAUGGUUCUGAUGAUAACUACUUGUUCUGUCCAAGGGUUGGACAAAUCCAAGAUAAGGAUUUUGGGCAUUUUCAGUGGCAUUGGAUGAGGGGUGAGCCUGUGAUCGUUAGCAAUGCACUUGAAAAUGGAUCAGGUUUAAGCUGGGAACCAUCUGUCAUGUGGCGGGCAUUUAGAAAGAUAAAGAAGAUCAAGCAUGAUAGUGAAUUGACAGUCCACGCCAUUGAUUGCUGGGAUUGGUGUUUUAUAGAAAUCAACAUCCUCCAUUUCUUUAGUGGAUAUUCCAACGGACGGCGUUAUAAGACAGGAUGGCCUCAGAAUCUCAAGCUCAAUGACUUCCCAUCAUCUACUGAGUUUCACAAUCGGCUUCCCCGGCAUGUUAAGGAAUUUUUAUGUUGUCUGCCUUUCAAGGAGUAUACUCACCCCAACAAGGGAACUCUGAACCUUGCUAUCUACUUGCCACCUACCUCAGUAAAGCCGGACAUGGGUCCAAAAACAUAUAUUGCCUAUGGUUUUGCACAGGAGCUUGGACGGGGAGAUUCUGUAACCAAGCUUCACUGCAAUAUGUCUGAUGCGGUUAAUAUUCUGACGCAUACAGCUGAAGUGCCCCUUACAACUGAACAACUGGCAACUAUAGAGAAGUUGAAGAAAAAGCACAGGGAGCAAGACGAAAGAGAGAUAUUUGGGAAUUGUCACACAAGUGCUGGAAAUGGAAGUGGGCCGCAGCAAGAAUCCGCUGAAGUAUGUGAGGAUGGAGGUGCCUUAUGGGACAUUUUCCGGAUUCAGGAUGUUCCGCUGCUGGAGAAAUACAUCCACAAGCACGUCAAUGAAUUUAUGCAUGUGCUCUGUAAUCCUUUGCAGCGUGUUACUCAUGCUAUACAUGAUCAGACUGUUUAUCUCACUGUAGAGCACAAGAGGAAGCUCAAGGAGGAAUUCGGUAUCGAGCCGUGGACAUUUGUCCAAAAACUUGGAGAUGCUGUUUUUAUUCCUGCAGGUUGUCCUCAUCAGGUGAGGAACUUGAAGUCUUGUAUCAAAGUUGCACUGGAGUUUGUUUCCCCUGAGAAUGUGGGUGAGUGCUUUCGUUUGACGGAAGAGUUUCGCACACUUCCGACAAACCACAGAGCCAGUGAGGACAGGCUGGAGGUGAAGAAAAUGAUUGUGCAUGCUAUUUGUGAAGCUGUGAAGGAGAUUUCUGCUGAGAAUGUGAUGACUGAGGUUGUGAAGCCUAGGGGAGGCGCAAGGGAAUUAAGUCAAGGUGUAAGGUCCAAGUCUUACAAAAUGUAAUGGUAUGCAGCAUGGGAAUUAUUAGGGAUGUGAUUGUUGGAUCGUCUAAUUGUUCUCCUGUCGGAUCGUGAGCUGCAAAAGCAGGGCCUUAAGACCAUGAAGAAGAUGAAGAAGUCAGUUUCGGACUUUGCUGGUAUCAUGAGGAUUGUUGAUAUUGAUAGGCUUGCAGUCAUGAGGUUUAAGGGAGAUAUCAAGCUCUGGUUUCGGUACCUUGAGUUCUGUCGACAGCGAAGGAAUGGUAGAAUGAAGAAGAUCCUGGCUGAUGCAAUCAAAUUUCACCCAAAGGUCCCUGGUAUCUGGAUCUAUGCUGCAGCUUGGGAUUUUGACCAUAAUUUGAAUGUUGAGCUGCCCAUGCUAUCAUGCAAAAUGGGUUAAGAGUUUGCGCAACUUCAGAAGACCUCUGGAUAGAGUAUCUUCGCAUGGAACUCACAUUCCUCAAUAAAUUAAAGGCUCGGAAGGUUGCUCUUGGAGAGGAUGAGGGCACUUUU